AUGUUCCGUUCGCUUUCACGCGUUGAACGUGGCGCUAGCGCAAAAAGAUGGCUGCGGACUCCUCCGUUCACAUUCACACCCUCCUCGUCUACCCGUAACCCGCUAGUACGCCCUCUAUUGCCCCCCGAGCAAAAACGAAAUUUGGUGAACAUCCGACACAUCAUUCCCCUCACUAACUCGAAGAAGCAGACACUUUGGACCCCGUCACGCGCAAGAUGGACCUUCUCCUCACCCUACCCUUCCUCGAACCUCAAAGCAACGACACCCCUUUGUACCCCUCCCCUCGUGCGUUCCAAUAAUCAGCCUACCGACGAAUUCACGACGGCCGAAGGAUUUGGUGGACGUUGGGUGGACGUGCUCCCCAGUGUGGAGUCAGAAAUGACGCCGUGGAUUGUUGGAGUUUGGGACGAUUUUGAGGCUUUGGCAAGCUAUAUAUUCUCACAAUGCAUAAUGCCGGUCCCCGACUUUUUCUAUGCAUUGUGA